CACAUCACAUACCUUCUAUCUCUUACAAAUCAAGUGAUCAAUGGCUUCAUCAUCAUCAUCAUCAUCAUCUUCUCAAUCAUGGAAUCAUGAUGUUUUCCUUAGCUUUAGAGGAGAAGAUACCCGCAAGACUUUUGUGGAUCAUCUCUACUCGGCUCUUGUACUACAAGGCAUCGACACUUACAAGGAUGACGAAACACUUCCUCAAGGCGAAUUGAUCGGUACAUCCCUUAUGAAGGCUAUUGAGGAAGCACUGAUAGUUGUCAUCGUAUUCUCUAUAAACUAUGCUGAUUCAUCGUGGUGCUUGGAUGAAGUUGCACAUAUUAUGAAAUGCAAGGAUAUGACUGGGAAAAUCAUCAUGCCCAUAUUUUAUGAUGUGGACCCGUCUAUAGUGCGAAAUCAAAAAGAAAAAUAUGGAGAAGCAUUUGCCAGACAUAAGUUGGAGAACAAGAACAAAGUUGAAUACUGGAAAAAAGCACUUGUGGAUGCAAGUAGCAUUUCUGGAUGGGAACUCAAGAACAUUGCCAACGGGCAUGAAUCAAAGGCUAUCAAAGAAAUUGUUGACAAAAUUUCAUCGAGGUUGCAACUUGUAACUGCAAGUUCUGCAAAUGAAAAGCUGAUCGGAAUAGCGCAUCGCAUGCAACGUUUAAAAUCAGCCUUACAAAUUCGGUCAGGUGGUGUGCGCAUGAUUGGGAUAUGGGGGGUUGGGGGUGGUGGUAAGACUACUCUUGCAUCUUGUAUAUAUGAUGAAAUCUCUAAAAAGUUUGAUGGUUGCUGCUUUAUUGCAAAUAUUCGAGAGGAAUCAAACAGGCGUGGUUUGAAAGAAUUAGAAAAAGAUAUUCUUUCACAAACGGGAGCAUACAGUGCUGGAAGAGGAAGAUGCUUGAAAGAUAAGAAGUUGUGUAAUAGAAGGGUAUUGAUUGUUCUUGAUGAUGUCGAUCAACUUGAUCAACUAGAAGCAUUAGCUGGAUCACCUGAUUGGUUUGGUGAUGGAAGCCGGAUACUAAUCACAACUAGAGAUGAACAUUUGCUAAAAGCUCACGAAGUUGUUGUACAUGAUAUUAGCUUGUUACAUGGUGGUGAGGCUAUUGAUCUCUUUUGCAAGCAUGCAUUUCGGGGUUCCAUACCUAUGGAAAAGUAUGAGCAGCUUUCAAUAGAGGUAGUCUCUUAUGCUGGUGGUCUUCCAUUAGCACUUACAGUUCUUGGUUCUUCUCUAUGUGACAAAAACAUUGAUCAGUGGAGGAGUGCAUUAGCCAGACUAAAAGAGAUCCCGGAUAACAAGAUUCUUGAAAAGCUAAAAGUCAGCUUUGAUGGACUUACAAAGGUUCAUAAAGAUUUGUUCCUUGAUAUUGCAUGUUUUUUUAGGUGGGAGGAAAUAGAUAUCGCAAUGGAGAAGCUUGAUGCUUGUGGUUUUUAUCCUGUUAUAGGAGUAGAAGAAUUGAGACAAAAAGCUCUCAUAACUAUUUUGGAUGGAAAUUUUGAUAUGCAUGAUCUGGUGCAAGAAAUGGGACACUACAUUGUUAGAGGAGAUUACCCUAAGAAUCCUGAAAAACAUAGUAGAAUUUGGAAGAAGGAAGAUGUUGAAAGAAUAUGUGCUAUGGAUGCAUCGAUGGAACUUGACAAGAUUGAAGCAAUACAAGUUCAUUACGAUGAAUUUCAAGUAACACUAUUUGAAUCCUGUAAACUUCAAGAACCACCUCCUCCUCCGAUUGUUGCAAACAUGAGGAACCUUAGGUAUAUUCGGUGGAAAGGUGAUCUUGCAAAUCCAUUGCAUGAUAAUUUUCCACCAAGGGAGCUUUGUUGUCUGGUAUUGCGUGGUGGCAUCCAAGACCAACUUUGGAAUGGUUGUAAGGUGCUGCCAAAUUUGAAGAUGAUGGAACUUUACGAGUUGGAUAACCUAAUCAUGACACCAAAUUUUGAUGGAAUUCCAUAUCUUGAAAGAUUCAAACUUUGGAGAUGUGGGAAACUAGAAGAGAUCCAUUCAUCUUUUGGACGCUUAGACAGGCUUGUUUGCUUAUCUAUAGGCUUUUGCAUGGGUAUUAAGAGAUUUCCAUCCAUUACCCGACUAAAGAAACUCGAGACCCUUUCAUUUACAGUGUCCCGUGGGGUUUUUAAGCUCUCAAAGAUCCAAGAGAAAAUAGAUAACUUUUUGGGAGAAAAAGACAUGAGUUCUGGUGUUUGGGAGUUAUCCAACUUGAACCACAUAAAGUUAUGUUUUUUUCGUAGAGACUUGAAAGAACUGGAUCUCAGUUGGUGCAAUUUGGGAGAUGAAGACAUGAGCUAUGCUAUUUGGGAGUUACCCAACUUGCAAAAACUUAAUCUAUCAGAUAAUAAGUUUUCACGAUUAGAUUUUAGUCUCAUUCGAACUCCUCUACUCAAAUUUUUGGACGUGUCAAAUUGCGCAUGCCUUGUGGAACUGUCAAAUCUCCCAUCAAGCAUUGCUGUUGUUGAAGCGUAUUGUUGUACCUCACUUAAAACCUUUGGAUCUAUUUCAAACUGCAAAUGGCUGUGGAAACUCUCGCUUCGUGGGGUGUACAAUUUAAGUCCACUUCUUGGUUACAUGUUACUAGACUCCAUGCUCAAGGGGAACGCUAUUGAAGAUCACCUUAUGAGUGUAAUUCUUGAUUAUGAGAUUCCAAAGGAGUUUGUACAUGUUGGUAGGCUGUUUAGGGGGAACACAUUUAGAAUGCGUCUUCCAGAUGAUUGGUACAAUCACUUUUCUGGGUUCUUGAUACACGUUGUUACCCACGAAGGAUAUCCGAAUAUUAAAAUAACCAUUAAGGAGGUGAAGCCGAAUGAUGAUCUUCCAUUUAAGGUUUUGCGUUGGUAUGAGUCUAAUAAGGGAAUUGACCGUUGUUGGAUAUCUACAUAUGUGGGAUAUGUUUCCAUUAAUUCAUUGAGGCCCACUACAUGCUUGAAUUCAACGUACAACGUGAUUUCAAUUUCCUUACACCAGAGUGGGACUGCUUCUGGAGCUGCAAAUAGAAUAGGAGUUUCACUCGUUCCUAAAAAAAGAUGUAAAGAUGAUCCGGUGAAAACAUCAGAUUCCUCUGAAUUUUGGAAUGAGAAAGAUAAAUCUAAACCGACUUUUGCGAUCAAACGUGGUUCAAAGUCAUCAUCUAUUAAGAUCUUGUGGCAACCUCAUAAUGUGGACAACUAUCUCUUUGCAGACCAAUACCAACCAAUAACCAAUUGAUAUUUCAACUAUUUUGCCGGUUUGUAGUUUACCCAAGAAAUUUGGGCAAUGGCGGCGACACCAAUGAGGCGACAAGGGCAUAUUUUUUUUUUCUGAAACGGCAAAUGAUUAAACGGAAGCCUACUCGCAUAUUUCAAAGAGCACCCCGGGUUCGAGCUCCUUUACAGGGCAAACCCAGCCCCCAUAAGGGUUUCCAGGGAAAAUUUCACCACAUGUGACACAAGUUUAAGAGGCACCCAAAUUGGGUUUUGCAGGGAUUGAACUCCCGACCUCUGACCCCACGUGAGUAUUAAACCCGGUAUUAGUGAUAAUCUUUGGGUAUUAUUUAACAAAAAAAAAUAUUGCUUCUUGUUUUUUUUCCCUAAAAAACCGUUUUUUUUUCAUGAAAGCCAAUCAUUUUCAAUAUAUUUUUUUUAAAAACUUGUGGUGAUCUGCUAUAGCCCAUUAACAGUUCAUUAAUUUAAUGCAUUUGCAAAACCCAAAUUUUCAUUCCCCUUUUCAGAAAAACCAUU